CCCAUUCGCUAUUAGAGAUACACUGAAAAGCUGAUAGCUAGAGUGGAAGACUUGCACAUGCAGCACAGAUGCUGAAGAUGUAUUAGAAGUAGAACACACACAGGAGCAUAAGCAAAUAAUCAAAAAGAUGCCAGCUCAUCUGAGCCUGGCAGAGCAGGAGCGGGAGUGGAGAAAGACAGGCAGGGCGGCAGAGCUGGGUAUCUCUAUCAGCACAGAGAAGGGACGACUGAAGAUGUGCGACACUGCAAGCAGGCAGAGAGAUCCCAGCUCUGACGUGAAACUCACAGCCUCAGAGAAUAAGAGAAAAGCAUGUGCUCUGUUGCAUAUCAGAUCAGCACAGAUUAAUAUCAACAAAAGAAAUGGACAUACUGCAGAGUCAAAUGCACUAAAGGUGGAUGAGAGGCUGCGUUUGGCCCGAGAACGAAGAGAGGCAUACCAAAAACAGCUGGCGUUGCGUGAACAUGGAUGGUUGGCAAGAGAGGAACGGGCCAAGCAGUUCUACGAGAAACACCUGGAGGAGCGACGGAAGAAGCUGGAGGAGCAGCGACAAAGAGAGGAAAGGAGGAGGAUGGCUGUCGAGGAGAAACGCAGACAGAGGCACAAAGAAGACAGAGAGCGUUAUGAGUCUGUGAUGCGAAAGACGAUGGAGAAAAGUCAGAAGGCCAAACAGAAACUUGGCCACUGCUCUCGCCGGGUCACCAACAACACUGGGAGCAAAACAAAUGCUAAACGCCGCUCUAUUAGCCAAUGGGAGAUUGAACUCGUAAGUCGCCUUCAGACUCCCACCUUCUCCUAUCUAGCCAGGAGUAGAAGCGCUAUGUGUCUGUCCCGAGAGACAGUUGUUCAUGUUUGUCGUCGUUCAGCCUCAUGCCAUUCUACGAACUCCAGCAACACACAAAAGCCACAGUUCCAUUGUGGGAAAAUGGUAAACAGGCCUACCAGCUCAGGUCCAAAAGCCACCAUCCGCAGAACCACCAACAGAGAGCUGGUGGCAAAAAGCGAUGCUGAGGGAAAAGACCUGAAAAUGCACCUUCAAACAUCAGCUGAAAGCAAGGCCAAACCAGACACAAACCCACAGGGGAAUGCAGCACCUCCACCACUGGGGCUGCAGAACAGACCACAUGUCACACAUACAACACUUAAAAAAGUUGGUUUGCCUCCACUCCCAGAAGAGGAGGAUCUUGAGGCAGCGCAUGAACUCUCCUCCGCCCCUCUACAACCAAAGGAAACAACUCCACAAUGUCUGCACAGAGAUGUUAAACAGGAUGGCCAACUUCAGUUAAAUCUAGUAACUAAUGGACCUCAGAACUCUCCAUCUUGCUCUCAGAUUCCUAAUGGUCACAAUGGUGAUGAAGUCCUGGUCCGACCUGCUUAUUGGACCACAAACCCUGAGGAGGCCACUCGCCUGCUGGCAGAGAAAAGGAGACAAGCCAGGCUCCAGAGAGAGAAGGAGGAAGAGGAACGCAGCCAGAAAGAGGACACCGAGAGAAGAAGCAGAGAGGAACUAGCGUGUCGGAGAGCUGAGGAACGAGCCAGACAAGAAGCAGAGGCCUUCAGACUGCAGGAGGAAAUGAGGAAGAGGGAAGAGGAUGAGCGACUUCAAGCUGAGAAAGAGAAUGCUAGCAGACAAAAAGAGGAGGAAAAUAAGCUUCAACAACAGAGAGAGGAAGAAGCUUGCCAAAAGGCACAGGCAGAACAGCAGAGACUGGAAAGAGAGAGACACUUCCAGAGAGAAGAGGUUGAGCGCCAACAGAGGAAAAAGCGUCUGGAUGAAAUCAUGAAAAGGACACGAAAGACAGACUCUGAAGAGAAGAAACCUGUAUCAGUGAAGGGCACCUUGCCUAGUGAGAAUGGAAGGCCUGUAAUCAGGCUAUCAAGUCCAGGAAAAACUCCAAAGCCUGAGCUGAGGGACGAGGAGGACAUGCUUCCUACAGUGGCCUUCAAGGAACGUCGAUCUUUCCGCACUCUCUCUGGCCUGGAUGAGAUACAGGCCCAUCAGCAAACAGAGGUCAUUUAACCUUCAUGGAUCUGUCAAAUGAUGCCACAACCUUCGGAGCAACUUCAGCAAGCUUGUCUUUCUGCGAGAAAACAACAUAUGCACAUUUAUUCCCUUAGACUAUAAAAACGAAUCACAUAUUACAGUUCCUUAUUCUAAUGCCCAAAUAAAACUUAAUUAAUGCUUGAUUUGCUAUGGUGACAUAACACUCAUUGCUCAGUAACUAGAUAACUUUGGGUAUGUAUGUGGUAAGAGUCACUUAUACAGUUAUGUCUUAAAGGUACAUUACCCACCAGACAAACAUUGAAUGCUUUAUGUUUUAGUUUUAAUUUAGUCAUAUUUGUAUUUUAUUUUAGUCAGUAUGUUUAUGGUUAUAAAGAGAAAUGCUUCAUCAUUAAAUCUAGAAGCAGAUUUGAUGUUAUAAUCUACAAUGGAGAUAUUAGUCUAAUACAUAUAUUGGCACAUACAAAUAGCUAUAUGAUGCAAAACAAUUCAUCUGCAUGCAAAUUAGUAUUUAUCGCCAGAUAACUAUGGUGGAAACCAUUCAUUUAAUUCACAAUCUCUCUUUGCAAUGCUGCUGUUUCUAGUCAUGAGGCUAAAAGCUUGUAUAGAAGUAAUUUUCCAUUUGUCCUCAUUGCUGACCUGUGCUUUUGCCUCACAGUGCCAAACAGGUGAGCUCAUGAAUUUCUAGUUUGAGUAGAUGAUUUUGCACUGCUGCUAUUUAGCUGUUACAAAUAAGAUCAUUUCCCCCCACCUCUCUUUCAUAAAUCAAAACUGAUUAUGAUAUGACUAUGAUGAUUGAUUACAUGCUCGUCUGCCUUUAUGAGCAUUCAUACAGUGUGCUGAUACCAGCUGACCUUGUGAAAUGAUAGAGGCGUAUGCAAAUAAGGUGAAAAGAUGUAAACAGUUUGACUCAUGUUUUUUAUUGGUGUAAGUAAAGAAUCUUCAAA